AUGAAGUCAAUUCUCAACCAUGCCGCCCAAGCCAUCAUGGCAUUGGCCGCUGCGUUGCCGGCCUCUGCGCAGAACUUGUCCUACGGAGCUGACAACUUUUACCGUAGCGAGCAGGUCGCGAUCCAGCCCAUCUCGUUCAAGUCGGCCUACAACGCGACCAUUGUCGGCAACCUCUUUACUCGCAAGAACAUGAGCCUGAGCGCUUCCUCACCGGCCAUCGUGGUCGGCCACCCCAUGGGCGCCGUCAAGGAACAAUCUGCCAACCUGUACGCCACCAAGAUGGCCGAGCAGGGCUUCGUCGCCCUCACGCUGGACCUCCCCUUCUUUGGCCGGAGCGACGGCCCUCAAAGCGUCGUCUCGCCCGAUGUCUACACGGAGGCCUACCGCGCGGCGGUUGACCACCUCGGCGCGCACGCCUUCGUCGACCGGGAGCGGAUCGGCGCGCUCGGCAUCUGCGGCUCCGGCGGGUUCGUCAUCAACGCGGCCAAGAUCGACGCCCGCAUCCGCGCCGUCGCCACCGUGUCCAUGUACGACAUGGGCGCCGUGGCCCGGAGCGGGCUGCGGGGGGCCGUGUCGGCCGAGCAGCGCAGGCAGGCGGUCGCCCGCACGUCGCGGCAGCGCUGGGCCGAGGUGGACGGCGCCCCGGUCGGGUACUCGGACGGGUUGCCGAGCCGCAUCACCAACGACACGGACGCCGUCACUCGUGAGUUCUAUGACUUUUAUCGCACCGCCCGUGGCGAGUUCACGCCCGAGGGGUGGCCGCGCAACCAGACUAUCUUUCGCACGACGACGAGCAACAUCGUGUUCCUCAACUUUUACCCAUUCAACGACAUUGACACCAUCUCGCCUCGUCCUCUUCUCAUUGUCGCCGGUGACCAGGCUCACUCGCGAGAGUUUAGCGAUAAUGCCUAUGAUGCUGCUGCCCAACCCAAGGAGCUCUACUGGGUACAGGGAGCAAGCCACACCGACUUGCGGAACUCACUACGUCGGCCGCCUUGUCGCAGACGAGGCUCUGGCUCGCAGCCACCAAGUCACCGUCUUCAACCGCGGCAACAAGCCGGCCCCGCGGGAGCCCGAUCCCUGGUCGGCGACCGUCUUGCCGAGGACGGCUACGCCGCCCUCGACGGCCUCUCCUUCGACGCCGUCGUUGACACCUGGGCCGCCGACCCCUCCGCCGUGAAGCGCACCGUCGCCGCCCUCCGGGACCGCGUGAGGCACUACGCCUUCGUCUCCCAGCCUCAGCGUCUACGACCACAAGGCGUCGCCCGCGCCCGCGAGGCCGCCGCCUCCGGCGCCGCCGACCCUCAUCGUCCGCCCCGACGCUCGCGCCGGGGCCCGCGGAUUUUGUCGCUGCAGUUCAUCGACGGGCGCGACCUGGCGGCAUUCCUGGUCGACGGCGCGGAGCGCCGGCUGGAGGUCACGUUCGACGCCGUCUCGGGGCGGGGACACGUCACGCUGAAGGGGCUUCUGGCGGCCGCCAACGAGGAGCGCGGGCGGCAGGGCGGAGCUGCGCUGGGUGGACGGCGAGGAGGUGGCGAAUCGUACGCGUUCAUCUUCCAAAGCACGGGCGAGAGGGCGGCCGCGGCGGGACUGAAGAUCCGGCCGGCGCUGGAGACGGUCAAGGAUACUUGGGAAUGGGUGAAUGCCAGCGGUUGGAAGAUCGGAGACGGUCCCGCGGGCAUUCCGGAGUAUGUCGAGGCUGACCUUGUUGAGAAGCACGGUGGUGGAUUGAACAAGGCAUGA